GAAGGCCCGGAGGCGAUGGGGCUGGGCGUGAGGGCGGCGCCGUUCUCGUACGUGGCGCACGCGCUCGCCGUGGCGGCCGCCGCCAUGGUGCUGUUCUGGUGCGUCCACUUCCGCGGCGGCCUCGCCUUCGAAGCCACCAACAAGAACCUCAUCUUCAACGUUCAUCCUGUCCUUAUGUUGAUUGGCUAUAUUAUUCUUGGCAGUGAAGCUAUAAUGGUAUACAAGGUUCUUCCUACAUGGAACCAUGAUACAACUAAGUUGAUCCAUCUAAUUCUCCAUGCCAUUGCCCUUGUGCUCGGUGUGGUUGGGAUAUACUGUGCUUUCAAAUUUCACAAUGAAAGUGGGAUUGCCAACCUUUAUAGUCUGCACUCUUGGCUUGGAAUCGGAACAAUUUCUCUAUACGGUAUUCAGUGGAUAUUUGGAUUUCUAGCCUUCUUUUUCCCUGGGGCUGCGCCAAAUGUGAGGAGGGGUGCUCUUCCUUGGCACGUACUACUUGGGAUCUUUGUUUAUAUUUUAGCCUUGGCUACGGCAGAACUUGGGUUUCUGGAGAAGCUCACCUUCCUCCAAAGCUCAGGCCUCGACAAAUACGGGCCAGAGGCAUUUCUGGUGAACUUCACAGCAUUGGUUGUUGUUCUAUUUGGUGCUUCUGUUGUGGUAGCUGCUAUUGCUCCAGCUCGCCUUGAAGAACCACAGGGUUACGCUCCAAUCCCAGAAAACUAGUACGCUUGUGUGAAGUAUUGCAUGUACAGAAAUUCAGAAAGUAUGGUGUCAGCAUAGUGCUGAGAUACCAAGAUCUCUUCGAUUUAAAAAAGGGAUGAUAUGGGUAAAAAAUGCUGUGCAUCUUCCUUGUAUAUACAAAUACAUACGAGUACGCAUUGGUCUCCCAUGCAUUAUGUGAUAACUGGAAUUCCUAUGUAAGCAGCUGUUUUACGAACUACAUUGUGUGAUAACUGAAACUGCUAUGUGAGCAGCUCUUUUACCAACUUCUGCUUGAGAAGUUAUUGUUUA